AUGUCUGCGUGGUGGCCUACCCUGGCGGUGCUUCGUCGCGCUAAUAAACGCGUGUACGCGUCACCGAGCCGCCGGAAGAUGGACACAAAAGGGGAGGGCGAGGAGAUGACGUAUCCCCACAUUUGCUUCAUGGUCGACAACUUUGACGAGGUGUUCUGCGACAUAGUGGUGCGCGAUGGUGAGAUGGUGUGCGUGGAGCUGGUGGCGCGUGGGCGUGGGGACGCAGCCUGCGCGGUCAUCUUCCUCGGCUCCAUCCGCUACGACGCGCUCACCAGGGUCUAUGACGCCAGGCAAUCGUCGCUGUCCACGAAGAUGGCGCAGCGCAUGUCGUUCGGGCUGCUGGGGGGCGGCGCGGGGCGCGGCGCGGCGCGGUGCGAGUUCGUGCGCAUGAAGGGCCCCGGGGGCAAGGGGCACGCGGAGGUGGCGGUGUCGAGGCCGCGCGGCGCCGCCUCGCCGGGCUCCGAGCCGGGCCUCGCCGCGCCCUGGCCCGACGACCUGGACGACCAAGAGGACCUCUUCCUCUACCGCCACCAGGCAGGCACCGCCCACCGUGACCUAACUGCGCCUUCCACCGAAGACACAAUC